AUGCCUCCCAACUCCAGUUCCCCCAGUGUUCGCACGACCACGAGACCAAUAUCACCUAUACCAUUAUCCAUAACACCCGAGUCGCCCUUUAAGCAGACAAUGAAAGCACUGCUCCGGGAUGGAAGCUACUCAGACAUGACGAUUACCUGUAACGGCUUCAUUUUCAAGACCCAUCGUGCAAUUGUAUGCACCCAGUCUCAAUUUUUCAAGGCUGCCCUUGACGGCGACUUCAAGGAAGCCACUUUGAGGACAGUCGAUCUGCCUGACGAUGACCACCAGACUAUCCAACGAGUUAUAUCCUUCUUAUACCUACAAGAAUACCCAGAAAGCAAUAACUCAGUAUUCUGGAACCUAAGAACAAUAGUACCGUCUUCCACGACUGGCAGUACAAAUGACGACGAAAAGAAGACGAAAACGGCUAAUGAGGGCUCAAAUAAUGUCCGGGUUUACGUUGCUGCCGACAAAUUCGGGAUCCCUCUUCUGAAAACGCUGGCAGCAAAGAAUUUCACCCGCUGGGUCGAAACUAAUUGGAAAUCCACAGAGUUCCCAACAGUAGUUGAAGAAGUGAUGGCUACGGUACCGCCGCACGAUCUGACCCUGCGAAACAUCCUUGCGGACAUUAUAUCGAAGAACCUUAAAUGGUUUGCAGUGCGACCGGACUUCCUCGCUAUUAUAGAGAACUUUGGUGGACUUGGAUCCGCGGUUAUUUUCAAGCUCGUCGAUUCCGGCCUCGUGAAAACACCUGAGACUAAGAACCUCUUCUCCCCAUCAUCAUCUUCGUUCUUUGGUACAACGAAUGUUAAGACCUGUAAGGCUUGUAAUUUGCCGCUCACUGGGUUCAAUAUCGAGUACCACAAUGGAACACCGCGUUGCGUCACAUGUAGUGGGCGGAAUUGA